AUGAACCAAAAAAUAAUCAUUCUCCGCCAGCUACUGGAUCAUUUACGAAAAUUUAUUAUCAAUCUGUUUGAAACAACUUCGGCCCAUGGGCUGCGACAUUUGGUUCGGUACGGUGUGCAUACGAUCGAAAGACUCGUAUGGAUCACGUGCAUCUCGAUUGGCAUUUUCGGUGUAGUGGCUCUAGCCCAACGAAUCUGGUACCGCUAUCAAACCUCUCCAGUUGUGAUUUCUAUGGAUCGUAACAUGUACUUUUGGAACACGAGCUUUCCCAGUCUGACUGUUUGCUCGCACCGUCGAAUCGACGAACGAAAAGUUGAACAAUACAUCGAUGAUCAUCCGGACAAGUUUGCUGCCGAUGGCGAUGCCGAAGACUUUAAAGAAUUCAUCAUCAAACUGGCGAAUGCAUCGUACGACACCUUUCUGGAUUUGCCUAUGCACAAAAGCUACGGAAUAGCCAGUUCCGAGUAUUUGAAUCUCAUUCACAAUCUCUCGUUACCGUUUCAACCAUCGAUUAGCACCGGAACUACUCUAUAUUUAGAAUUACAACCCACCGUCACCGAGCUGGGGCUAUGUCUGUCGGUCAAUUCGAAGAUAGCAGAAUACAGCUCCUAUCACUACUGGAAAAACCAACGGUGGGAUAUGAUUCCUACUAAGCCAACCGUAGUGGUUCACCCUUUGGACGGAGAAGUGUACGGUCAGUUGAUCAAGCUGGAAAAUUCAUAUGAAGUGUACUUCCACGGAUGCUUGGAAGUGCCGGAAGUCUCCAAACGGCGUUAUUCCUUUUUGGAAGCAUUCUACACCACCGUUGAGCUUCUGGCUCUAGAGAUUAAGACAUCGCCUCAAGCGAGGGAACUUUCCAUUUCGCAGCGACAGUGUCGUUUCACCCAUGAAGCAGACAUUCUACAGUUUAGUCCAGUAUACAGUUACAAUCAAUGCAGGGUAGAGUGUAGGAUGAGGCUAGCGGUGAAGUAUUGCGGAUGCGUUCCACAUUUCUACAGACACAUUGGUGAGUACGCAAAGCUUCGAAGUAAUUUGCGUUAG